AUGGAUUGCUGCAUUGCACGGGCAGCCCCAAGGGUUGAGUUGCUGCCCGAGGCAGUGACCCCAGCGACAGGAUGGGGCCGAUCGACUUCUGAUGAUGACUGGUCCUGGCCGUUAGAGGUAUCAGAAGAACGUCUCCCACCGGUACGGAGCAGCCCUCGGCGACGCACGAGCAGCUUCCGAGGCUCUGAGAAGAGCUUUGCUUUGUUGCCUUCAGUGGGAACCUGGCUCCAGCCACUUCUCCGACCGUCCAAGGCUUCCAAGGCCGAGGCGAGGGAGCCGAAGGCUGUACCGACACCUUUGCCGACACCAGCGCUACGGCAUGUGCCGCUACCAGAGCCGAUACGCAAGCCCAUGGAGCAAUUCCAGGCUCAUCAGCAGAUAUAA